AUGAGUAAACUUAGUGAACUUUUAAUUGAUUAAGAAGAGAGACAACCUAAUUUCAUUACUUAGUACUGCAAGGCAUUGAGAAUUCUGGGGAAGGGAGCGUUUUCUACUGUGGUUGAGAUUCAGAAUUUGAUGACGAAUAAGAGGGCAGCUCUCAAAAUUAUUGAGAAGUCAAAUUUCAAUACUUUACAAUUAGAUGUGUUAAGAAAGGAGGCUCAGUUGUUAAAUUAGUUGAAUCAUUAAAAUAUUGUAAGAGUUACAUUUGUAUGAUUGCUUUGUGUUAUUGUAGAGUAAGGAGACCAAAAGUAAAUUAUUUAUAAUGAUGGAUCUCAUCACAGGAGUUACAUUGGAACAAUUUCAAUAAAACAAGUUAGACGAUUAGACUGUGCAUAACAUAGUGAAACAAUUGUUGUAGGCAAUCAAGUAUUUGCAUUCCAAGGAUAUUAUACAUAGAGACAUUAAGCCAGGUAUGAGGAAUAAAUUUUAUUUUAGAAAAUAUUAUGAUUUCUCAAAUGGGCGAGGAUGUCCGAGUAACCUUAAUUGAUUUCGGUCUCUCGGCCCAAUUGACCUAUUUGGAGGGAUCGGGUAUAAUGAGUGACAAUUGUGGAACCUUCUUGUACAUGGCUCCCGAAAUGAUAUAGAAAAAGAAGUAUAACAGAGUAUGAUCAUUCCCUUAAAUAGUAAGAGUGUGGAUAUAUGGGCAGUGGGCAUCGUGGUUUUCAAUCUCUUAACUCAGGGCAAACAUCCAUUUUACUAACAGUUUGACGACAAAGAAUCUUAUUGUGAAAGGAUCCAAUGGAUGUAAUGGAAUUGGCAACCAGGGAUGAAUAACAACUCAAUUAAUUUCUUGAUUAGGACAGUAGCUUAUUUGCCUGAGAAUCGUUUGAACAUUAUUUAAUGUUUAGAACAUCCUUGGAUCACAGGCAAAUAAGACUCUGAUGAGCCUUUCACUUUCAUAGAAAUACUCAAAAGUCACUGUAAUUUUUAGAAAAUUAAGUCCUUGAUCUAGGCAUUGCAAUUCCUAUAAUAACUCAAAGUCUUAUGUCCCAAUGCGAAUUAAUUCAAACACUAUUCAACACCAAUAGCCAAAGAACCUGUUAGAACAAUAAAGAUUCCAAAAAUCAAACAAUAAUCUAUUUCUCACACAAAUGAGAAGCUCAAAUAAGUAAAGUAGGACGCACUCUAAGGAUCUAAUGUUGAUACUGCUUCUAUUGGAUCCAAUAGAGUUUCUUAAUUCAGAAUCUAAACGAUUACUCUGAAAUCUCAAAGAAGAGAGAGGGCAUCCUGUGAUCAAUUGCAAAAGUUGUAACAACCAAAGGAGCCUUCAAAAUUUCUAUUUCCUCAUUUUCCUAGAUCAUUGGAAAGAAGUGUGAAGUCAAUUCAGACUACAAAUACGACAGCUGAUAAUUCUUUGAAUCAAUCAUCUAUUCUUCAGAAAUCUGGCAUAAUCGACAAUAGACAAUCCCAGAACAACAAGUAAACUACUCAAUAAGUAAGAUUUAGUAUAUAAAUAGUAAUAGUUAAAGAGGACAACUCAUGUAUCAAGAGGAUAGAAUAUUAUCAUACAAUAAGAGUUGCUGGCUAGUCACAGGAUAAGAACAAACAAACCUCCAAUAUAGAAAAAGUCUUUAAACGAAUGA